GUGCACUUUAGAACCCAAUUUGUACAAAAUUAGCCAAUCAAUUGAAUAUGCCAGCUCAAAAGCGAGCUGCUGAUACCGACGGUGCAUCCUCAAGACGUCGCUCUGGUCGGCUGUCCACCUCGUCCAAGAAGAGCGUCUACUUCGAGGAUUCCGAGGAUGAAAGUGAGCUCGACGCUCGACCGCAAAAGACGGCGCGAGUAGCUACUCCACGAAAGCCGCGAGUCCAAAAAGAGGAAGAUGAUGAUGAAGAUGCCUACAAGGACAAGGAUGAUGGCGCUGCGAAUGAAGAAGACCAGGACGAUGACGAAGAUGAUGAGGAGAGCGUCGACGAGUCGAAACCUCCCAAAGUUACUGUUAUACCUCUUGAGCAGAUGAGAGGAACGGGUGGUGUUGAAUAUGAAGAUUCUAGAGUACACAAAAACACGAUGCUCUUCCUCAAAGACUUAAAGGCUAAUAAUAAACGAACUUGGCUAAAAGCCCACGAUGGAGAAUAUAGACGAGCAUGGAAGGACUGGGAAUCAUUUGUUACAGCAACCACAUUAACCAUGACCGAAGUGGACGAGACGAUUCCCGACUUGCCUGCAAAGGACGUGGUAUUCCGCAUCUACCGCGACAUCCGAUUUAGCAAAGACGCGACACCAUACAAGGCACACUUCUCUGCUGCUUGGUCGCGGACGGGUCGCAAGGGUCCGUAUGCAUUUUAUUAUAUCCACUGCGAGCCUGGAAACACCUUUAUUGGCGGCGGGCUCUGGCACCCUGAGGCACAAUAUGUGCAAAGGCUGCGCCGCAGCAUCGACCGCCACCCGGAGCGCUGGCGGGAGGCGUUCAGCGAUCCUCUGCUCCAGCAAACGUGCUUCCCAAAUGUUAAGAAGAGCGCAGGAGUGGAGGGUAUAAUCAAAGCCUUUGUUGCUAAGAACCAAGCCAACGCGCUGAAGAAGAAGCCCAUGGGAUACGAGGCGACACAUCGAGAUAUCGAGCUCCUCAAGCUUAAAAACUAUACAAUUGGCACGGAUAUCGACGAGAGUCUGCUCUCAGCGGAUGAUGCACAGGAGAAGCUCGCUGAUAUCAUGCGCAGCUUGGCCGGAUAUGUCACGUUUAUUAACAGCAUUGUAAUGCCGGACCCGGGCCUGGACGAGAGUGAGAGCGACGACGAUGAAGAAGAAUGAAUAUUUCCCUUAUAUUGCAACAUUUUUGUAUACUAUUUUAAUUCCGAAACACCCUCAUGACAUUUUCGUCACUUUACGCUUUCAUCAACUUCUCCGGGCAACGGCGCUUCUUAGGUCCGCAGACAUUCAGCUUGGCCACACUAGGAUCGUGAUCGCUAGUCUGUCCCUCAAAGUUCUGCCAGGUGUUGAGGUGCAGGUGCUGGUAGCGCGCAUCGCGACCAACGCCAGCGCUGACGUAGAUGUGGUCCAGAGCCUCACUGUUCAUAUCGAACUGGUAGGUGUAGCGCUCAGUGGGCUCGAUGUUAGCAACCUCGUCAAGGUCGGUCAAGCCAGACUUGGAGGCAAACGUGGUCAUGGGCUGAACCUGGGCAAACUCGUUGAAAUCACCAGCAGUGAUGACGCGGGCGUUGGAGUCGAUGUUAAUAAUCUUGGCAAUGAAGCUCUGUAGCUGCGUAUUAGCAAAGAGAAUAAGUUUAUAUACAGUUAGGGUGCAACUUACAGCAGUAGCCUCGUUCUGCGAGGUGCGCUUCUCAACACCCUUGUUCAGAGGAGGACGGGCAUCGGCGUGGAGAGUGGUCGAGCCGCCUUUGCUAGUCUGGUGAACGUUGACGGUGAAGAAGACCCUGCCGUCCUUGAUGGUCUUCCACAUGGCAGCGAGGGGCUUGCGGGUGUUGGCAAAGGCCUCGUUGGAAGGAUCGAUACGGCCAGGGUUGAGGGUCAGUUCGGGGCCAUCAGCCGUCUUGAUAACAUCGUUGGCGUCGGUGCUACCGCCCUGCCUGGGCUUGUACAGCUGGAUGGUAUCGGUGCGGUAGAGGUAAGCGCAACGGAUGUUGCCGCCAGGCUGCCCACCAUCCAUGCCAUCCUCGGGAUCGACAUCGGCGAAAGCGUACUUGACGCCAGAGGCGGACUCGAUACCCCUGGUCAACGUGCUGAGGGUGACAUUGGCCGAGAUCGUACCGUCGUCUUCGCUGCCCGAGUUGUCCUGAAUUUCCUGGAGGAAGAUCAGAUCGGGGGUGAGCAGCUUGUGGACAAUCUGGUCGAUAACCUUGGGCAUAUGGGCCGAGUUGGGCAUCAGGUUCUCCGCGUUGUAGUCACCAAUGGUGAGACCGCUGCAGUCACCAGCACUGGUGAACGAAGCGGUGCCAUAGUCAGCAGAGGCGCUGCGCUGGACAGCGACCUUGGUGAGGGGCAGGAUGCGGUAGAAGCCAAAGGCGUUGGAGACGACGCCAGUAACAUCGCCGACAAAGUCGCCCAUCUUGGUGUCGGUAGGGUUCUUGGAGCCGUCGAGGGGGCUGCCAAUCAGGAUGGCCUCGGGGUUCGCAUCGCCCUGGAGCAUGGUGAUGCCGCCUUGGGCAUUGACACCGGUAGCCUUGUAGUCGCCGCGGACCCAGACAUCACCAAACUUGUUCGGGCGCGCAGUCAGGUAUGCGCCCUUGACAGUGACGAGUUCGCCAAGGAGCGACUGCCAGAAGUCGAGGCCGUACUUGGUCGGGUCUAGCGCAGGGUUGGCCUCCGAGAUCUUGGUGACGGCGUUGGGCACGCCAAAGAUGCCGCCCUGGUCGAGGCUAGAGAAGAGCUCGGUCGGGGGAGAGAGUGUGUCGACACCGAUGACAAGAGGGCGCACAUCGUUGCCAGAAGAGAGCACGUCGAGGUUGGCCGGGUUGGUGAACUCGUUGAGGUAGAUGUAGUUCUUGUUGGAUCUGCGGAAACCCAUCCAUUAUUAUUAGCAAUUGAUUCACAUAUAUCCAACUCG